AUGGUGGAGGAAACCACUGUGUGUCUCAUUGAAACUGAAGAGUUCUUCCAACCCAGAGAGUGGGCAGCUAUGAAGCCCAAGCACAGAAAGAUAGCCAAGAGACAGCGGAACAGGAGUGCUGUGGCCUACCUCAGUAAUUCUACUGCCAUGAUGAAGACGCCUCUUAGUAUGAGAUGCAUGCCACCUCUCCAGAAGAGGAAUGGGCCAUCUCUCCAGAAGCAAAAACUGAGUAGGCCUUUUGAGGCCCUGGAGAAUAUUGUUGGCCGCAGAAUUUCUCAUGGCUGGAAGGAAGCCAAUGAACCAGUCACCCAGUGGAAAGCCAUCAUUCUAUAUCAACUGCCAACAAAUCCCUCUCUCUAUUUGUUGAAAUAUGAUGGGAUUGAUUGUGUCUAUGGCUUGGAGCUUCACAGCUAUGAAAGUAUUUUAAACCUUAAUAUCCUGCCUAAUAAUGUGCCAUUUCCUCAGGUGACAGACACUCAUCUCUCAAACACCAUAGUUGGCAGAGCAGUGAAACAUACAUUCGUGGGCACAAAUGGCUCUAAGGAUGACUGGAAGGGGAUGGUCCUACAUGAGGUGCCAAUCAUGAAGACCUGGUUCUAUAUUACCUACAAGAAAGAUCCGGUCUUGUACAUUUACCACCUCCUGGACGACUACCUUGAAGGCAACCUCCACAUCAUGCCAGAAUGUCCUCCAGUAGAGGUUACUUUGGAAUUAGGCAGGGAUUCCUUGGCAGGCUAAAGUGUGCAGUACAACAAAAAAGAUGGAACCCAAGAGAUAGGUAAAAUUAUUUACCAAGUUCCCACCAAACCAUCCGUGUAUUUCAUCAAGUUUGAUAAUGACUUCCAUAUCUAUGUCUAUGAUUUUGUGAAGAUCUGUUAA